AAUCAGAGAGUCGGGGGAGGGCAGCCGGUGCUGUCGACCUGUUCCCUUCCGGUGCCGCAGUGCAGGUGCAGCAAGGCGUCGCCGUUGCUAGGCAACAGUAGCUCCAAUGUGUUCGGUCGUUAACGUGAUGAAAGCGAUUGUUUUGUUUGAAUAUAUCCGAUAGCUAGCCAGUAAGCUACAAUGUCGUAGUUUUAUUAUGUCGCAUGCUAGCGGUUUCUGGUUUUCUUUCAGAUAAAUAGCUAAUGUAAUCGAUUUGGAGUUCACACCAAAAUAAGUUGCUGGAAGUUGCCUUAGAUGUAGUUACUAGUUUGACCCAGGAUACUAGCUAGCUAGCUAAUAAAGAACUGAUAGCUAACUAGCUACUUUCUAGCUAACGUAUAUAUUUUGCCUAAGUAAGGGUCAAGGCCACCAGUAUGCUCUGUCAGCGGUAGAGGCUGUAUCAUUUGAAACAUUAUUUUACAUGAAAUCUUGCUGGCAAAUGUUAAACUAGCUAUUGUCUGAGUUUUAAGGUUGAUACAGAAAGUUUAAUGAGUCAGGCAGAUGAGUGUAUUUUCGAGUAAUAACCAGAAGCUUUCUAGGUAGUUUGCAAACCUGAAAUCAUGAGGAAAUAUUAGCUAAUAAUUAGCUUCAGAGUAUCUGCUGUUUAAGUUAAAUGUCAUGACCUGCUACAGUUAACGCAAAUGGGCUUAUUAGCAAGUAAUUUUAUUUUUCUAUUGAAAAUAGGCAAAAUUGGUAUUUAAGAUAGAAAGCUAAUUGCAAGCAGACAACACGAAGGAUAGUGAAAACGCGCUUUAUUUUUCCUGGAAACAUUAACACUUCUGAAGGGCAAGAUUAGUAGAUAUGCUGUCUGAUAGAUAUAACAAUAAGAAUUAUAACGUUACGUGGGAUGGGUCCAUCGGAUUAUUGGACCACGGUGAUUUAACAGUGGUGGGAAAAGCUGGACAGUGUAAAAUGACUAGUACAGGAGUCCCAAGGCACCAGGCUAGGCAUGCUGUGUGUGACCGGAAGGUGGAGUCCAGGCCUAGCUUGGCCACUAAAGUACCUAAGAGCAAGAAAUACGUCUAUGAUAAAUCCAACCAGGUGCAGAAUGCAGAGUAUUGGAGAGAAAUGGAAAUUCAGAGGAAAGUUCACAGUCAGCCUAAAGCCGUACAGGAGGACACAGAGAUGCCAGCCCUGCAAAUGCACUAUGAGUUGUGUGCCAAUUAUGAAUGCACAAUCAGAGAGCUGAAACUGCAGCACAACCAGACCCUCGCUAACUUGAAGACAGAGAUGGAGUCGGAGAGGAUACUCCUUGAGGAAAAAAUUGGCAAGCUGAAGCAAAAUAUGGCUGAUGGCAUUCAGGAGAAAUCUAGGAACCGUCAGAAGCAACUUCAAGAGGUACAGAAGGAGAAUGCUACACUGAGAGGAGAAAUCGCUGCUCUAGAGAGUCAGCUUAAGAGACAAAAAGCUCCAGAAGUGUGUACCAACUGUCAGUCCCUGGAGAUGGCGGUGGAGGAGAAGGCCUUGCAGCUCAUAGAGAGAGAGAAAACCGUGGAGGAGCUCCAGCGCUUCUGCAGGAAGUUUUGCAAACAGCUGACACAGCAGGACCGGCUGCUGGCACUGAUGAGCGAGCUGCACAUUCCGAAAUGAGGAAAAACCCGGCGGAUGUGGGAUCGGGAACGCUAUGAAGACGGUGCCUUUCGGAAAAAAAAACUCCACCUAUCAAUGCGCUCUUCUCCCCUUUCUUCACGUAGCCCAGAUAUACUAAAUCCUGUCUCCUGUGCGGUCGCCGUCGGGAACGCUGUCUGCUCGGCACGCGUCAAAACCCGAUUUCAUCUGUCGUCUCGUGGAGGAUUUCUUGAGGGGCAGAACCAAUCACUGCCUGCAAACUGAGUGUGCUUCUGCCUGCAGUGGUUUCACUUUUCAAAUUAGUGUAGGCCAACUAGUCUCCAUAUCAUAAUUUGCAUUCAUAUUUCGCUAUGGCUGUAUUUCAAGAAAACGGAUACACAGAGAAAGAUGGCUGCCUCUGUAAUCAAAUGUACAAUUACAGUAAAGCAAGCAAUACUGUAUAUUUCUUCGCUUCUGUCUGGCCAUAUGUAUGAUCAUUUAAGCUAUAAUGUAUAUGUGCUGAUACAUUAACUCUUGAGUUUUUGAAGCUAUAAGCCAUUAAAAUCUAGGCCUAGUGAGACUUAUUCAGUGGUAAAUCACAUUCCGGAUAAAACAAAACAUGCUAAUAUAAAUAUUGCUCUUUGCCCUGUAUCUUAUACCCAUAUGAUGUUGUAAGGUGAAACAAAAUUUCAGAUUUGAGUACAUUCAACUUGCAUGGUCAACCAAGGCAACCCAUGUCUUACCUAUAAAAAAGAUUCUAUUCAUUGAUAUAUUUGUGAAUAAUAAAAGUUAAUGUCCAAUUCAAAUAU